AUCUUUAAAACCCCAUUUACAGAGGAUGCUGUUACAACAACACACUUAUUUGUUUUAGUUUUAUGUGCUUCACUGUUUGCUCUUUCUGGCACACCAAUUCAUUUUCCAGCAGAGACCAUUGUGAGAUCGUAGGCUGGGAGGAUGACAGCUCAAGUGUAUUGCCUGUUUGGUUCUGUUUUAUUGUGUCUGUUUGGAAGCUUGAACAUAACCGAUGCUACUCUAGAUUUGAGCCAUAUUGCCAAGCUGGUGAAGCUGACGGACUUGCUGUCCCAUCAAAGAUGUUCUUCUGAUCGUCGUGUUUCCAGUGAGCCUGGUUCAAUGAAACCAGGUCAAUGUCCUGACCCAAAGAACAUUCCACUGUCUGCUAAAAACUGUGUCCAUGAUGGCCAGUGUCCUGCCACACAGAAAUGUUGCCCAACCACCAGUGGCCAUGGAUGCAGUGAACCAAGCGGCCAGGGAAGCUGUCAGAGCGCGGGCCAGGGCGCCGGACAGGGUCGAGGAAGCGGCCAGGGCGCCGGACAGGGUCGAGGAAGCGGACAGGGUGCCGGACAGGGUCGAGGAAGCGGACAGAUUGCCGGACAGGGUCAGGGAAGCGGACAGGGCGCCGGACAGGGUCAGGGAAGCGGACAGGGCGCCGGACAGGGCGCCGGAAGCGGACAGGGCGCCGGACAGGGCGCCGGACAGGGCGCCGGACAGGGCGCCGGACAGGGCGCCGGAAGCGGACAGGGCGCCGGACAGGGUCAGGGAAGCGGACAGGGCGCCGGACAGGGUCAGGGAAGCGGACAGGGCGCCGGACAGGGUCAGGGAAGCGGACAGGGCGCCGGACAGGGUCAGGGAAGCGGACAGGGCGCCGGACAGGGUCAGGGAAGCGGACAGGGCGCCGGACAGGGUCAGGGAAGCGGACAGGGCGCCGGAAGCGGACAGGGCGCCGGACAGGGCGCCGGAAGCGGACAGGGCGCCGGACAGGGCGCCGGAAGCGGACAGGGCGCCGGACAGGGCGCCGGAAGCGGACAGGGCGCCGGACAGGGUCAGGGAAGCGGACAGGGCGCCGGACAGGGUCAGGGAAGCGGACAGGGCGCCGGACAGGGUCAGGGAAGCGGACAGGGCGCCGGUCAGGGAAGCGGACAGGGCGCCGGUCAGGGAAGCGGACAGGGCGCCGGUCAGGGAAGCGGACAGGGCGCCGGUCAGGGAAGCGGACAGGGCGCCGGAAGCGGACAGGGCACCGGACAGGGCGCCGGAAGCGGACAGGGCACCGGACAGGGCGCCGGAAGCGGACAGGGCGCCGGUCAGGGAAGCGGACAGGGCGCCGGUCAGGGAAGCGGACAGGGCGCCGGUCAGGGAAGAGGACAGGGCGCCGGACAGGGUCAGGGAAGCGGACAGGGCGCCGGACAGGGUCAGGGAAGCGGACAGGGCGCCGGACAGGGUCAGGGAAGCGGACAGGGCGCCGGACAGGGUCAGGGAAGCGGACAGGGCGCCGGAAGCGGACAGGGCGCCGGACAGGGCGCCGGAAGCGGACAGGGCGCCGGACAGGGCGCCGGAAGCGGACAGGGCGCCGGACAGGGUCAGGGAAGCGGACAGGGCGCCGGACAGGGUCAGGGAAGCGGACAGGGCGCCGGACAGGGUCAGGGAAGCGGACAGGGCGCCGGACAGGGUCAGGGAAGCGGACAGGGCGCCGGUCAGGGUCAGGGAAGCGGACAGGGCGCCGGACAGGGCCAGGGAAGCGGACAGGGCGCCGGACAGGGCCAGGGAAGCGGACAGGGCGCCGGACAGGGCCAGGGAAGUGGACAGGGUGCGGGAAGUGGACAGGGUGCCGGCAAGGGACAGGGCGCCGGCCAGGGAAGCGGACAGGGCCAGGGUGCCGGCCAGGGAAGCGGA